AGCUCCCCCUCAUAACCUUGAGCACGAAGCACGAAGAAUAAUUCUGCAUCGACAUCUUCGUCUAUUCUCUGCCAGCCUCGCUCAGCUCUAGGUAGAACAGGCUUAGAGAAGUCCGCGCCAGAAGCUCUACAAUACCAAUACAUUUUCAUUCAGCAAGCUCCAACAUGGACCCCACCAAGCCAGCCGGCGCCCCCUCCAACCUCCAAGAACCCAAAUACAUUGACUUCCCAGCUCUCCCAGCCGAUGCGAAGCAUGAGGAUGGCACCCCUGUCUUGAACAGAUGGUCUUCGACCAUCACGAAGGGUCAUGAUUUUCCUGGUGCGAAGGCAAUGCUUUAUGCGGCAGGCAUUCCCGACAACAAUGCGAUGACGAAGAGUCCCCAGGUGGGAGUUGCUUCUGUAUGGUGGGAAGGCAACCCGUGCAAUAUGCAUCUUCUAGACUUGGGCAAGACGGUGAAGAAGGCAAUCACAGAACAGGGUAUGAUCGGGUGGCAGUAUAACACAGUCGGGGUGUCGGACGCAAUAACUAUGGGCAGUGAAGGCAUGAGAUUCUCCCUCCAGACCCGCGAAUUGAUCGCCGACAGUGUCGAGACUGUCACCUGCGCUCAGUACCAUGAUGCUUGCAUUGCCAUUCCAGGAUGUGACAAGAAUAUGCCUGGUGUAGUAAUGGGAAUGGCCCGACACAAUCGCCCCUCAAUCAUGAUUUACGGAGGUACCAUUCAAAUUGGCUAUUCCAAUCUUCUUAGGAAGCCUAUUAACGUGUCUUCCUGUUUCGAGGCCGCUGGUGCUUAUGUAUACGACACCUUGCGUCAACCGGACGAUGGAGGCGACACUAGCAAGACUAAAGACGAGAUCAUGGAUGAUCUUGAGAGACAUGCCUGUCCCACUGCAGGCGCGUGCGGAGGCAUGUUCACCGCCAACACAAUGGCCACAGCGAUUGAGUCUAUGGGUCUUUCGUUACCCGGUUCCUCCUCCACGCCCGCUUCCUCUCCGUCAAAAAUGCGGGAAUGUGUCAAGGCAGCGGAAGCUAUCAAGAUUUGCAUGGAGAAAGACAUCAGACCGAGGGAUCUGUUGACAAAGCGCUCUUUUGAAAAUGCCCUCGUCAUGACAAUGGCUUUGGGAGGAAGUACCAAUGGUGUCCUUCACUUCCUGGCUAUGGCCCGGACAGCCGGGGUUGAUCUGACCCUGGAUGAUAUUCAGAGAGUCAGCAACAAGAUUCCCUUCAUCGCUGACCUUGCCCCCAGUGGAAAGUAUUACAUGGCGGACCUGUACGAUAUCGGAGGUAUCCCGUCCGUUCAGAAGCUACUGAUUGCAGCGGGCCUGCUCGACGGCGAUAUACCUACGGUGACUGGCAAAACUCUGGCUGAGAAUGUGGCUUCUUUCCCAUCACUGCCGGAGGACCAGGUCAUCAUCCGGCCUCUCAGCAAUCCAAUCAAGUCAACAGGACACCUUCAGAUCCUUCGAGGCAACCUUGCCCCUGGAGGUGCCGUAGCCAAGAUCACUGGCAAAGAGGGUACGCGCUUCGUCGGCAAGGCACGGGUGUUUGACAAGGAACAUUCUCUCAAUGAAGCUCUGGACCAAGGCAAAAUCCCCCGCGGCGAAAACCUUGUCAUUGUGGUUCGUUACGAAGGCCCCAAGGGUGGGCCAGGAAUGCCAGAGCAGCUCAAAGCCAGUGCUGCGCUCAUGGGAGCUAAACUCACCAACGUGGCCCUCAUUACAGAUGGGCGGUACUCUGGAGCCAGUCACGGGUUUAUUGUAGGUCAUAUUGUACCUGAAGCCGCCGUUGGGGGACCGCUCGCAGUGGUUCGUGACGGCGAUGUCAUCACCAUCAAUGCGGAGACAAACGAGAUUAGCAUGGAUGUCUCUGACGAGGAACUUCAACAACGGCUGAAAGAGUGGAAGCCUCCGGCUCCCAACGUCACACGGGGUGUGUUGGCCAAGUAUGCCCGACUAGUUGGAGAUGCUUCCCACGGAGCCAUGACGGAUCUUUUCUAGAUCCAGAACAUGACACUUGUUGUCUUUUCUUGUACAAUUCAAUUGACUGAUGGUAAGCGGUGAGAGCAAAUGAAGACCUAUUGCGAUAUAUCCCGUUUACUCGAGCCAUUCUUUUCGUAGUGC